GAGAAGGAAAAAACUUCGGUUAAAAAAUGGCGGAGGGGGCAACGACUCUGAAAGGCUUGCGCGCACAAAUGGCUGCAGCAGCACAGGCGCAGGCUGAGGAACGGCGCGUCCAGGCUGGGAACAGCCCAGCGCCGACAACUACAGCUACUUCUACAAAGAGCCAUGCUAAACCAGUCAUUGAUGGAGCAGCGCUUAGGAUAGAUGACAAACUUCGAGUAGCCAAAGAGAGAAGAGAGGAGCAAGAGAAGCAGCAAGCGGUGCGUGAGUCUCAGAUCAUAGAGCGGGAGCGCAAGGCCAAGAUGCAGGUAGAAAGGCAGAUGGAGGAAAGACAGAGAAAACUGGAGGAGCAGCGCAGGAAAGAGGAGCAAAGGAGAGCCGCUGUUGAGGAGAAGAGGAAACAGAAGCAAGAGGAAGAGAAGGAGCACUAUGAGGCAGUGAUGCGGCGCACUAUGGAGCGAAGUCAGAGACUGGAGCAGAGACAGAAGAGGUGGUCGUGGGGAGGCCUCACUGACUCAGACCAGAAAAAUGGCGAGAGUGACAGCGGCCCUGCCUCUUCCCCAAUCACUGUAGUAAUCUCUCCUGCCUCACCAGUCUCCAAGCCACCCAGGAGCCAGGUGCCACAAGACAAGCGUUCCACUUCCACCACAAACCUGAAGCAGCAGGCCGAUUCGGCCAUCAGCAAGCGCCUCUCUUCCUCCUCCGCCACCCUCCUGAACUCUCCAGACAAAAGUGCUAAGCGGAGGAGUUCUUCUUUGAACCGGUUGCCUAGCAAUGCCCCUCAGGCCUCUAAGGAAGCGUAUAAGCAGACUCAGGUGGAACAGACAGGCCCCACCCUGAAGAAACGGAGCUCUUCCCUCUCCCGAGUAGGGAGUAGAGUCCCACCUAAUGCCAAACCAGAGAAAGCCUCACCCAGUGAUCCAGCACGUCGCUCCUUGACCAGUCCCAUGGACAGCGGUGUCCUCAGCCGUCUCCUCACCCCCACCCAGGCCUCUCUAGCUAGGAGCAAGAGCGCAGCAGCCCUCUCAGCCGAAGGAGCAGAUAUCCCAGAGUCUCACCUGUGUCCUCGCUCAGUGUCGGCCAGCCCGCUGCAGCCCAUACCCCGCGGACCCUUGCGUAGCCGCAGCACCGACCGCCAGAAAGGCCCCCCAAACUCCGCUUCAGCUGACGCCAUCUCAAGCAUGACUCAGAAAGCUGAGAAGGACAAGCGUUUCACUUCACCAGGAGGGAAACGUCCUUCUUCACCUUCAGCCGCCCCCAGUCGCCAUCGCUCCCCAUCCCCAGGCCUGUCCGACACCAGCACCACCAAGAGAGCACCCUCCCCUGGAGCGGCAAAGUCAAGUCCUCGCAAUCGGCCUCCCUCCCCCAGUGGGAUGAAGCAGCGUCCUCCAUCACCUCAGCCCACCGCUGCCUCUAAACCUCCUCCCAUACAGAAGCCUGCACUCACACCCACCGGCCCUCCUGUUCUCCGCAAAAGGGAGUCCAAGCCAAAAGACAUGUCCCCUAUGAUGCCUCUUACCCCCCAACCUCAAGAGACCAGCGCUGCCAGCCCUCCCCCCAGCACCAAGCCCAAAGACGAUCCCAGUUCGAAAGCCAUGGCCGGCACUAACUCAGCUGCUGAGGCUGCUAAAAUCUUGGCAGAGAACCGGCGUCUGGCCCGGGAACAGAAAGAGAGAGAGGAACAGCUCCGGGUACAGAGAGAGGAAGAGGAGAGGCUGAAAAAGGAGGAGCAGGAGCGUCUAGCUGAGGAGGAGAGAGUGAGGCACUUGGAAGAAGAGAAGCUUCGGGCAGAGGAGAAAAAGAGGGAAGAGGAGGAGCAGGCUCUUAAAGCAGAGGAGGAAAGGCAGAGACUGGAGCUGGAGGAGCAGCAGAAACAGGCUGAGCUACAGAAAGAGCGUGAGAAGGCAGAAGCGAAGGCCCAAGAGGAGGCUGAGAAACAGCGUCAAGAAAGAGAGCGCAUCAUGCAACAGAACCAGCAGGAGCGCAUGGAGAGGAAGAAGAGAAUUGAAGAAAUUAUGAAGAGAACCAGAAAAACGGACCAAAUAAAUUUCAAGAACAAUGAUGAGAAAAGCAUGCCCGAUGAGAAUGGUGAUGAGGUUCCUGACCAGAUAGACUGUGAAUAUAAGGGGGAACAGUCUGUCCAAUUGGAGCAAAGUGUAGAGGUAGAAGACCAAAUAGAUAUCGAGGAACAAGGUUUGUCCUCACAGGAAAGCCCUGUGGAGCGGGAAGACCCGCUUGGCAGUGUGAAUGGACAGAAUGAAGCAGACAACAAGGAGAACAAUAAUGGCCCGAGUGCAGCAGAGCCCCCUGCCAUUAGUAAUUCCUGUACAAAGAUGCGUCUAGUGGAGGGCUCCGAGUUUGUGAAUGAGGACUCUAAGCUGGGACUGAAUGGGAAAGCUGGGCCAUGGAGCUUUGAGGAGUUUAUUGAUCUGGGGGUUCAUCCUAAAGGCCGACCACUCAUGGAACCUGAGGGCUGUAACCAGGGCCUAAUAGACUGUGACGGGGGACCUGAGGGUCCCAGAGUGGCCUUUGAAGACAAGUCCCUCCAUCCACCUCAGCCCGUUGAAGCCCUGUCUGAGAUAUGAGUUGACAUCUUCGCCCAGGGCCAGUUGUUAAUUGCACUCCAUGAAGCAUGUCCAGUUGAGCUCCAAAGUCUCUUGUACUCAGCCUCAUCUCGACAGCAAGAGAAGCUCAGAGCUGCAGAAAAAGGCCUUAGCCUCUGCGCCUCCAAGAUUUGUGGAUCAAAAAAAUAAACAAAAAAAGAAAGAAAACAGGAAAUAUGAAAAACGCUUCAGGGAAAGUGUAUUCUGUCAUUGUGCUUAUUACUCAUAUUUUCUGCCUCCCUUUCUUCGUAUUGUUUCUGUCUCGUCAGUUUUUUGUUUUUGUUUUUUUUUUUUUACAAUGUUUUGUUUGGCUCUUUGUCAUUACUGUUAUUUUUUAAUGUAGGGCAAUUCUAUUGUAAUUUAUUCUUCAUUCAUUUUAUUACCUUUCACUUCUUUUGGGUUAUUUUCUGUAUUAGAUUUUGUUAAAUUCACAAAUUUGCCAUUAAUGAAUUCACUGAAAAAAAGUCAGUGAAUUUAAGGAUAUGAACAAGUUUGCUUUAAAACAUAGCAAAAUUGUGAAUAAGGUCAGUCGAUAUCAAACAGUAAUGAAUAAUUAAUGUGAAGUGAAGCUGCCGAGUCAAAGAUGAAAGACGUCUUCCAGACAUCUCGGAAGAACGUUUUAAAGUCUACGCGUGAGUUGUGAGUAGUGUUCAAGAAUGUGACUACAAUGGAAUUAACCGCUUUAGCAGUCAGUUUUCUGCUGAGCUUACAGUACAGAAAUGUAUCCACCCUCUGCGCAUAGAACUUUGCUUGUUUUUUCCAGCUUCUGUGAAAUCUAAUGUGAUGACCCAGGCCAACUGGCUAUGUGUUUCUAAUUGUCCUUUCUGUUGCUGUGAAGCAUUCCUUGUAUAAAGUUUGUAGAUAGCAAAUCUUGGUCAAGAUAUUUCAGAAAAAGUUCUUGUGUGACAGGUGAGGGGCUUCUUAAAGCCACAGCUGAAUUUCAAACUCAGCUGAAAGAUUUGCCAAUUCCUUUGGGCUUUAAAGGAUGAAGGAGCUCAAGGCAAAUAAUCUUGUGAGCACUUGUGACUAGUUGAAGUUUCAAUGUUGUGAGUUUCAGGUUUAUAAUCGUUGCCCUAUGUUGUUGACAUUUUCUUUUACAUGUACAUAAACGUAAAACAUGGUUAGUUACUCAUAUAAAACCUAAUUUAAGUGCAUCCUGGAACUACAGUACAACUUUGGAUGUCAGCAUGAAUCUGUACUACAGCAAAUAAUUCUAGCACACAAAAGAAUUACUGUAACCUCUUUUUAAUAAUUGCACAUUCAGAUGAGUUUUUUUUUUUUCCACUAAAAGUUUUAGACAAAGGAGAUUCCAUUAUCCAAGCUUGAAUUAUUGGAAGCGUUCCUGAAGGCCCUAAGUUCCCACAGGGUCAGACAGUUUCAUCAGGUCCUAAUGUGUUUUGGAGAGUACUGUUUAAUGUUGGUCUUUGCUGUUUGUUUUUCUCCUCUAUCCAUCCAUACAUUGGUCCAGAGCUCACCAGCUACUUCAGUCUUCUUGCAAAUUAUUUGAAUUACUCUGCAACUGUGCUACUAAAUUUAUAUAUUUAAAAACAUUUCUACAUAUGUAAGUAUUAUGUACAUAAUCAGUAUUAGGCUGUUACGCUAUGUUGGGUUGGGGAAUAGAGGGAAAAGGAAGUUUUUGGAUUGUCUUCAUCCGGUACAUGGUUUAGCCUCAGAACACUCAGAGGUUUCACCACAAGACAACACCCUCUACCUGACACAGCAGCCUCUGAUCCUUCCCUUUGAGUGACACUUGUUUUUAACAGAACGAAUAUGAAACAUGUAUGUGGCUAGAGGGCAUAUGCAAGUUAUGUUUGGUUAAAGAUGCUUCGUUGCUGCUGUAAGGUUGAUAUGAAUAGGAUAGGCCUCUUGUAAUUAGAUAAAAUGAAGCAUAUGGGCCUUGUUUGCGGAUACUGGUGGUGACUUUAAUAGGGAUGUGCAUGGAGAGUUUGCUCAGGGCUAGUUUUGUAGAUAGGAAAUUUACUGUUUGAACAGUUCUUCUGUCUGUUUUAUAGCGCUGUUGGCAGUAAUCUGGACAUUUCAAGCAAAACCUUGGUCUGUCCAAUAGAGAUGGUUAAAGGUCAAGAUCUUGGUUGUUGUGUAUGUAUUGAGCUUUUAUCUUAUUAUAGACCAUUCAGAAAGAAGGCCACUAAGCACAGGCUAAUUAGUAUCUUUUCUUAGAUAACAUCUCCACUAGUAAGGGACCACUUACUCCAAAGCUUAAAGCAUGAAAAUCCAUCCUAUUUGUUUCAAAUUGUUUGUCGUUUGUUAAGGACAGGAGACACUAGCACUGUGUAAAACUUCAGGUUGUGACCCAAAAACUGUCCAGAAGUUCAGUGGUGCAGCUGACACUCAGGCAAGAAAAAGACUAACCCAUACUUUACUGUGCUUGUGCUUAGUAUGUAAAGGAGGUUGUAAAUCCUUCAUUCUUUGUUUUGGCUUUUCAGCAAACCAUUCUUAACAGCUCUUUGCUUGCAGAAAAAAAAAUAUAUAUAUAUAUUAGAUGCCCCAAAGUGCUUUGAGGACACACUGUGGCUGCUACAGACCCGAUCAGUCAGCUGUUUGUCAGUGUGGUUGGUCGUGUGCACAGACCGGGUCACGCCAGUGCUGUUGCUGCUUCCCUUUACACCCUUUGCGUUUUGGGCUUUAGAACUGUUCUCUAGCUUAUAGUACUCGCAGUGCUGGUAGAAUAGAACAGUGCCUUAGAUUCAGAGUAGGCUAUAUAUUUAUUUUCAUAUAUUAAUAACUAAACAUGUUACACGUGCUUACUUUGGCCAUGACAAUCAUUUUACUUGACCAAGGCCCUGAACAGGAUCUAAUGGGUUUUUUUUUGUUUGUUUGUUUUUUUCCUUCUUUUUUUGACAUCUUGAAUUAGCCCAAAUUAUAUUUGUAAAUACAUCCAAAGUGUACUGGAAAAAAGAUAAGUACUGUUAAAAUAAAGUUUUUUUUGCAAGAGAAAAGAAAUAAAUGCCGUUUGGCGCAAAGUCAUGAUUACCUAG